AUGAUGUUUCUUUGUACUUCAAGGUUUGAUAUUGAAGAGAAGGAGGCGAAGUAUCUAGAGAAAUUCUUCUCUCAUAUCGAGAUAGAAACAGCGAAGGAAGAGAAAGAUGAUAAGCUUGAGGAGGUGGAAUUUGACUUGAUUAGUGAUACUGAGGAGGCAGACGAGGAGACAAGUGAUCAUGUACAGCUAGAUGAGGUAGAUGAGCCCCAGCUUCCGGCACCUGAGAAUAGUACCCAGGUACGGGCAUCAGGACGGAAACGUAAGGCUCGAGAGGAUGAGGUCUUUGAGUAUUACUCAAAAUGA